UUGCGUAGGAAUCGGAAGUCUUUUUGACCAUUUUUGAAUUUCUAUCUGCAGUCACCGCCUCUGUAACCCAAUCAUAUUAGGAUCAGUGUGACCAGGGUCACCGCCUUGAUUUCGUUAUCCUUUCAGUACUUUCAAUUACCCUUCCGUUCUCACUCUUCGUAUCCACCGCUUCUCGCUUCCUCUUCACCACCGAUCCAGACUGACCCGUUUUUCUACUUGCUCCAUGUAGGUUUUUCCCUGCUUGCGUUCUGACCUCCACCGCCUCCUCUCACUUCCGCUGUCGUGCUUUGGAAUUCCGGUAGCUAAUCUUAUCGGCUUCCUCUAUCCUUCAUUGACACACAUCUCCACCGCCUCAUAGUAGUCGGUUGGCCGAGGAAGUAGUGAGCCGGAGGAGAGGGAGGGUAGGGUGGCCUGUCUGUAACACCGGUGGCCAUGUUACCACCGCUCCCCUCUUCUGCAAUUUCUUGUCGGCCCAGUUGAUUCAGAAAGGAAGAAAUAGAGGUUUUAUUUAACUGUGUUUUUAGGUGACCGCCUCAAAUUGAGUAAUAUUGUUGUUCAAGAUUGUGUGUGUUUUGAAAGACUAGAAAAUAACGCCCAAGAUAGAGAGACUGGACGAGGUCAAAAGGGAAGCAGGAAGAAACAGAAGGUUGAUGGAAGUCACAUCGGUGCUCAUGGAACUCUUGAGAUUCAGGUUCGUUGCGAAUCCCUCUCUAAUUCAUCUGCUCAUUAUCCCUACGUUUUUAUAUCAGAUAAUGAAAUAUUCAUCCGCUUACUGAGGGCUCCCAGUUGAGAAUCAAAACACAGCGGUUGCGAUGACAACACUGAGGAAUCAUUUCAAUCGAACAAAGAAUUUCCCUUUUGUGAAGAGAAUUUCAGAGUUCCAUGUGUUGCUUUUGUUGUUCUUGGCUGAUGGAUUUGAGUCUACAUGUCAAAAAAGAUGUGAAAAGAGUUGCAGGGGACAAUUUAUCAAAGGGAUACCAAUUUUCAACAAGGAAUUGGAACAUAUUCUCCCUGACAUCCUCAACCAGGUCCGACGAAUAAUUAGAAGGUUGGUUAUGAGAAUAUAUGUGUCUCUACAAGUAAGUGUGUGGUGCAAAAAAAGGAAGAUCGUGAACAAUGAAAUAGGAAAAGAGAACUGGAAAUUAUCAGAACAAAAUGGCGGUGGGGGAUUUUGAUCCUGAAGCGCUAUACGUGGUGGCAACAUCUGAGGAGAACAUGUGGAACAAUUGACACUUUACACCAUUGGAUAAUAAGAUUGCCACACUAAGAUGAUAAAUUAUGUGUCUUUUUGUAUUUACAAAUCACUUAAUGGCCUUAUAAUAUUCUUUUCAAAGCCGUUUGUGGUAAAUUUCGGUGAUAUGCUGGAGCAAUGGAGCAACU